AUGACAGCUUCCCACCAAGCCGUAUACGACCGCAUGGUCGACAUCCUCGGCGAAGGCGACACCCAGUCGAUCUUGUCCCCCCUCUCCGUCGAUGCCCGAGCGCGACUUCUUGAGGGCAUCGGCAUCACCCUCAACGCAACGACACAACCCCUCGAAGCUCGGAUCAGCCAGCUGACCGAGGAAGGUCGAGCCCUCGAAGAAUCGCUCCACCAGAGCGAGGGCCAAGCCGUAGCAAUGCGCUAA